AUGACCCCGCCCCGCAUCCUCCCUCAUUUCCCCACGCACCUGGACACAACGAAACGCAAAGGAACCCACCUCAACCAUAACCAUCACCAGAACAAAAAAUCAAAAUCAAAAGCAAAAUCAAGAGCAGGAGCAAGAGUACUUCUUCGUCUCGACCGAUCCGCGCUUCCUCUCCGCAAAGGCCGUCAAUGCCGCCUUUGCGAGGGACUUUGUUUACUGGGCGCAUCCGCUGCCGGAGGAGGUGAUGCAGCAGAUGUUGGAUGGGUCGUUGUUCUACCGGGUCAGGGUCAUGGUGAUGAUGAUGAGGAAGAAAAGUUCGACGUGACAACCCUCCUUCACCCCGCAAACUCUAACGACAUCGAACAAAUCGAACAAAUCGGCCUCGCCCGUCUCAUCACCGACACAGUCACCUUCGCGUACCUUACAGACGUGUACAUCCUGCCGGAGUACCAGGGGCGGGGCCUGGGGGCGUGGAUGAUGGACUGCGUGGCUGAGACGCUGUCCAGCGCCAACAUGCCGCAUCUGCGACGCACGAUGCUGGUCACGACGAACCGCGCGUUGGAUGGUGGGCGGCGCGAGGAUUACUAUGCGGCGAAGUUUGGGAUGAGGGUUGUUGGGACUGAGAGGAGGGAGGAUCUGGGUGGUAGUACUAGUAGUAGUAGUGGUGAUGGUGGUGGAAGUGGGAUGGUGUUGUCGGUUAUGAGUGCGAGUAGGCGGAAGGUUGCUACUACCGGUGAUGAGGAUAAGGAAGGGGCAUCUUGA